AUGCCGCUGUUCGUUCUUCACUAUAUGCAGUCAGAGAUGGUGGCGGAGGCAGCCAUGGCCAAGGUCAAGACGGAAAUUCAAAGUCUUCAGGAUUUGAAGUUUGCUGGAUUGACCCGGGAGGUUGAAGGGCUCAAGACGGAUUUGGACAAAGUAAAGAAUGAAAUACGAUACGAGGUGGAUAAGGUGACAGCAGGACAACGGGACAAAGAGGUGAGCUUGCCUCAGUCUAAGGUCAGGGGAAAAAGGAAGCGUGUCCUCACCUUUCCCCAGCUGCUAUCCUCUCCUCACCCCUCCCCGAGCGAGAACCCUCCACCAGCACCAGCGCUACCAGACUUCAGAUGGUGCCCCAACUUCGAGACGCCAUCUAACCUCGAGAACUACAAACUUGACAGCAGCCUCCGUGCAUGGCUGCCCAUCCAGAUCCUCUAG